GAAGAUGGACGAAAGUAUCUUUAGAGACAGUCUCAGACUCCUUAAUGAUAACAAUGUACGUUUUGCUGUUAUAAAACUUAUUUCUUGCAAUGGGACAGAAAGUGUCACAUUUCCAGACGCUAGAUGCGGGUUUGAAGUCUUAAAAGACGAGAACAAAAUACCAUGUUUUGUCCCGUUUACAGUGAUAUUCGAGAAAGGAAUUUCAUUCCUCCGAAAAAUUAAAAAUACUAGUUGUGAGGAAAUUGAAAAACAGCAAGGCCCUACGAAAGAUGCUGUGUUGUGUCUUGACAGGUUUUACAAAUCAAAAGAACAAAAUGAAGCCUCUUUGAAAAAGGUCUUUGACAUGGGUCAGGAUGGAAAACCCCCUACCACAGAAACAGAUGUAACCAUCUGCCUUGCGGAGCAUCUUUUAGGAAGACUUGCCCCAAAGGAGUCCUAUCAACUUAACAGCAUGUCCAAAGGCAACAUCUGCAGGUGUGGAUGUCAAAAGGAACUUACAUUUUCUUUCACAGGAAUAGGACACGAACUAGUGUGGCACGGAUUUAUGGACAUCAUCUUCUUAUCACACCAGGGAAUACCAGCAAUAGCUAAUACUGUGAUAGAGAGAGAAGAAAAUACUCCUAAGAAAAGAAAACUAGAUGAAAUGGAUGAUAGACUGGAUGAAGAUGAUUACAGGCAAACAACAAUAAAUUUCAAACAAAAAUCACCAAAUGACACACUGGCAGAAGCAUUUGCUCAGACAAUUGUAUUUUCAUUGACUGAAAAACAGAAACAUCCUAACUUUUUCCACCAUAUGGUACCAAACAUUGUGAUUUCUCCAGAAAAGUUUGAAAUAGUGCUGUAUGAUGCAGAUAGGGAUACUUUGCUUUGUAGCAAUUCUAUUUUCUUAUUCAAUUUGGAUCUUCCAGAACAUAGAAGUCUCACUAAUGAUGCCGUACUUAUUCUCUGGAUGGUGUUACAUUAUGAAUUAUUUUGUUCCGGAUUUGAUAAAGCCAGUGAUGAUUUGCUUGAUACAUGUAAAUCAAAUUUUAAAAAUCUAGUUCAAAGCAAAUGGGAUAUAUAUUCAACUUCACUAAAAUGCUGUGUUUCAGGUUUCCCCCCAGUGAAACAUUGGUCAGUAAAUGAAUUACUUCGACGUGGACAUCAGUUAAACUUAAAUUAGGUACCAUUUAAGAUCAUAAUAAUCAUGAGGUGUAUUGUUUGCUUUUUGUGAGUUGAGUUUGCUUAUUCCUAAUGCUCGCCAACUGGGAACAGAGCACUUUGAUUAAUCGGUAUCAAAAAACAAUCAACACUUGGAUUGUUACAUUUGCAGAAGAAAUAUUUUACAUUCAACAUACAAAAGCAAAGGCAAAACUUAAGCUUAAAUCCUUUCAUAAAGUAAUGAUAGUUUUGCAAGGUUUUUGCAGAAUUACAUGAUUCUCUCCUAAACAUUUGUAAAUGUUUUAGAUUUUAUUUUUUUUUAUUUUAUUUAUUUAUUUUUUUUUUGUAAUUUUAAUGGAUUUAUAAUCAUAUGAAAUCCUGGUCUUUGAUAGGCCUAUUAGGUCAUCCGAGUAUUGUUUUAGAGUUUUGUGUAGCAAAACUUUCACAGUAUUUGACUCCUUUACAACAGUUAUUCUUUUCAUUUCAACCACAACAUCGUUGGAUAAUAGGGACUCAAUUAUAUUCAAAUGGUCACAUUAUUUUCAUGGAUGGGGUUUAUCAACAAAUUCUGAGAUAAAGGUUUGAGUCAUUUAAAAUCUCAAGAACCACUGAGCCAGCAAUGACAAAUGUAUAGAUUCCUAAAUAAGUUCUAAACAACAAUGGAAAGUGUUAUUCGGAUACUGAGAAAAUUGUAUCAUAUAAAUGUCUACAUAUUGGAUUUAUCUACACUGCAGUUUUCAACAUAGGGAACGGGUCUAAUUUCUCUAGGAAAAAUGUUAAAAGAUAAUGGAGAACUGUAGAUCACUAAAUUUUCGCGACACCAUAUUUUUAUGAGGUAGUGAUACUGAAUGUAUCAAUGAAAUAAAAUUUUCUUGAAUUAUUGUUAUUGUUCAACAUAGUCUUUCAUAUGACAAUAGAGAAUGAAAUUUUCAAAAGCAGGCUGCCUCAAAAAUAGUACAAAAAUAAAGUUCUCACAAAUAAAAAGUUAUUUAAAGUAUCAGUGAACAGAAAUCAAUGCUGUUUACUUACAUUUGGAAAAUAAGGUAUCUUAGGGCUCUUAGAAAGUAGGACUUAAAAACAAAGAUCAGAUAACAUAGCUAAAGAACUUUAAAUGCAGUAUGUCAAACACCCAGAACACCAGUGUGAUCUCUUGUUUUUAUGUUGCUAUGUUUACUAAAAGUCAUUAAUCACUAUUGUAUAAACAUUUUUUCAGGUAAAGCAAUGUAGGUAAUGCAUAAUUUCUUUUUUUUUAUAUAGUUUACAUGUUUAUACAUUGCAUUGUCAAAAUAGUUCAACAUUAUGAAUUAAAGUAGAUGUUCAGCUUUUCUUCUAUUAUUCUGAUCUCAAAUUGACUACAUAUUUUAUAUCCAGUAUAUAUUGUACAUGUUUGGCUGUAUGAAUGAUUACACUAUAUACUGAUGGUUAGAGAAAAUCAUAUGUUAUAAUUGAUAUUUAGGGAGUAUUAAGUUCAUAAUACAUGUAUUUACAAAUGCACAAUGUUGUAUCUUACUGGUGACUCUAGAGUUCCAUGUUUUUGCAUGACAAUUUGUAUUCUAUACAGGAUUUAUGAGCUUGAUCAUCCUUUUGAAA